AAUCGAGAAGCUCCGCGCCGACGUCACUGCGACCACAGCGUCCGCCGCGAACGGUCGCUGUUCCCCGCGAUGAAGAGGAGGCUGCAGAAGAAAUACUUGAUUCUGAUCCUCGCCUACUCGGGUCUGCUCCUGCUGGUGCCCUAUGUCUUCGACUUCGGGGAGAAGUCGCUGCACGGCGCGGCCAAGAAGCCGCUGCAGCGGCAGCAGUCGCGCUGCUCGGAGCUGCAGAACGCCGUGUCGGUGCUGUGGGAGCGCGGCGCCAACGCCACGGCGGAGGCGCCCGGGGCCAGAGGCGGCGGUGCCCGGCCGCGCACUCACAUCUACCUGCACGCCACCUGGAGGACGGGCUCCUCGUUCCUGGGCGAGCUCUUCAACCAGCACCCGGACGUCUUCUACCUGUACGAGCCCAUGUGGCACAUCUGGCAGGCGCUGUACCCGGGCGACGCGGGCAGCCUGCAGGGCGCCGUGCGCGACAUGCUGGGCGCCCUUUUCCGCUGCGACUUCUCCGUGCUCAAGCUGUACGCGGGCGCGCAGAACCUCACCACCGCCUUCAUCUUCGGCUGGAAGAUGAACAAGGUGGUGUGCUCCGAGCCGCUCUGCGACGCCCACCAGCGGCACCGCGUCGGGCUGGUCCAGGAGGACCGCUGCGCCAAGUGCCCCAAGCGGGACAUCCGCGACCUGGAGCGGGAGUGCAAGAAGUACCCGGUGAUGGUCAUCAAGGGGGUGCGCGUUUUGGACCUCAACACCCUGGUGCCGCUGAUGAAGGACCCCGCCGUAAAGCUCCACAUCGUGCAGCUGUUCCGCGACCCGCGGGCGGUGCACAACUCCCGGCUGAAGUCCAAGCAGGCCCUGGUGAAGGAGAGCAUCCAGGUGCUGCGGAGCAAGAAGCAGAACGACAAGUACAAGCGCAUGCUGGUGCCCAACACCCGGCUGAACCGGGCCGAGAACUACGUGUCCGGCGCCAUGGAGCUCAUCUGCGACAACUGGCUGGGCGACAUCAUGCUGGUGUCCAACGCGCCGCCCUGGGUGCGGAGGAGCUACCACCGCGUCCGCUACGAGGAUCUGGUGCAGCACCCCGCCGAGGAGCUCCGGAGGCUCUACCGCUUCGCCAACGUGUCGUCGUCGCCGGCGCUGGAGAGCUUCGCCCUCAACAUGACCCACGGCCGGGGCUACUCCUCCGACCGGCCCUUCCUCAUCUCGUCGCGGGACGCCAAGGAGGCCAUCUACGCCUGGAGGGAGCGCCUCAGCGUGGAGCAGAUCGAGCAGGUGGAGGCCUACUGCAGCGAGGUCAUGCGGCUGCUGGGCUACCCGAGACGCGGCGACGACAAGACCGCAUGAGAGCGUCACGCGGCCUGCAAGUCAAGCCUGAGGGCAAACAAACCACGCGUCCUGUCUGGAAUGUUCCCCACUGGGAGCCCCGAGCAUCUCAAGCAAUGUUUUUUUCCCCUCCAAACUGAGCGAGAAGAGGGGGCGGGGCUUAAAGUUCAGCACUGUGCUCGACCAAUCAAAGAG